AACAACAGAGGGUGCGCACUUGGUUGCAUUCCUCCCACUGUUACUGCCGUGGCCUGUCUGAGUCUCUCUCUGUGGAUUAGUAACUCAGACCAUGCUGUUAUUUUGCCCCCAGCUCGCCUGAGGUGAAAGAACGCUGGUUAGAUACACUUCACAGAAAAAUUAAAGAGGCAAAAGCAAGAGUUGGUUGCGCUUCUCCGCCUCCAGACGUCCUCAUGAAGGUGCUGAGUGGCAGCGUCACAACUAAAACUCUAACAGGAGGUGGCAUGGAGAAAUUCAUUGAGUUUCCACGUGAUGGUGAUGUAAAGAUCUCUGCUCUUCCAGAGCAGAUGAAUAACUCAGAGGACAAGCUGCUGCAGCCUACUGAAACCAAGUGGAGCCUGGUGAGGAAGCUCAGAAAAGGCUCCAGUUUCAUCAAUAAAGCACGGCGAUCUGAUUCAGAUGCUAAGACGCUGCUGUUUGGACAAGCCCUCUGCAAGAUCUGCCCAGACGACUGCUCACUUCCCAAACCAGUGACAGAGAUGCUGGUGUUGCUGAGGAAGAAGGGGCCGUCCACAGAGGGAGUGUUUCGGAAACAGUGCAACAGCAAGAUCAUGAGGGACAUCAAGGAGCAGCUCAACUUUGGCAUGGAGGUGGACAUGGAGAGCCAGCCGGUGGUUCUGCUCGUCGGCCUGCUCAAAAGUUUUCUGAAGGAGCUUCCUGGCAGCCUGCUGGUGUCUGAACUUUACGACAACUGGAUGACAGCUCUGGACAAUGAAGACACCCAGCAGAGAGCUCUGGAAAUCAGAAAGGUGGUAGACAUGCUCCCGGGGCCCAACAAACUCCUCUUGCAGCAUCUGCUCUGUGUUCUCUAUCACAUCCUGGAGAGGGCUGACACCAACAAAAUGGAUGCCUUCAACCUUGCGGUGUGUAUCGCCCCCACGCUGCUGCAGCUGGUCGACACUCCCCUGGAUGAGCAGAAGGAAAAGAUUGAAAAGGUCACAGAGCUAACUCAGUUCCUGAUUGAGCAUUCAGAGUUACUUGGAGACAAUAUCCCAAAUCUACUGGAUACCGAUGAAGACUCAUUGUCCUCUCAGCAUCAUGACUCAGCAUACGACAGCACUGAUCCAGAUGGAGAUGGAGAAACAGGAGAGAGUGCAAGCUCUGCACAUGGAGAGACGGGGUCAUCUUCCUCCCUCAUUCCCUCCCUCAGUUUCACCACACCAUCUUGGUCAGCCGAACCUCUCUACGACACAAAGCCAUCAUUCAACCGUCGCUGCUCUGAGCCAAUCAUCUUCCUCUCAGCCGAUCUCGAGAGCCUGUGCAGCCAUGCGAGGAGCCAUGACGACUGCUCUGUGCAGAGGACGGAUUUUAUAGAGCAGCCUCUGAAAAAGCAGAUCUCAGAUGAUUCAUUCUUGCUGAGACAGAGAGGCGGGGCAAGGCCAGUAUUGUCUUUUCCAAGACUGACCAGCAGCUCAAACAUGGAUCCACUGCCCUACAUGGCACGCAAUCAUAUCAAGGACUGUUCGUGCUCUUCCCUAGAGAGUGCUGCCUCAAAUCAGUCCGAAGGGUCUGUUUUCACCAGUUCCCCUGUGGGGUCGCCUCCCUGCACCAGGAGAGCAAACAUCACCAACCAGGCUUCAAUCACUGCAAAGGCUCAGCAGGACAUUGCCAGACCAAUUUCAGAUGAGAAGAGGCGCUCACAGUCAAUGAGAGUUGCCAAUAAGGUUCUAAUGAGGACCAAGAGUUUAGGCGCCUUCAGCAGGAGCAGCAUGAAAAAAGACUCCCAGAAGGAAAACUCCUUUGCUUGUGAAACUCUGCAGGAGGACUCUCAGAGUGAAGCAGAUCCAACUGCUGAGCCCCUGCACAAACCACGUCCCCUGUCAGCCAUUGAAGUGUUUAAGCUUGUGGACCGCCAGCAGCCCUCCAGGCCUCCAUCAUACGAACAUGCAGUGCAGAACACAGGUCUUCUUCCACAGUACGGAUCCAUGACUGUACACGAUGCCAUAGAGCUGGAGAGAAGGUCACGUCCGUCAUCUGUAAAUUAUGACUUCCCCUCUAUGCACUCUGUCAGUCAGUAUACAGACUUUUCUGCUCAAGCAGCACAGGACAAAGCCAGCACUGUUGAGCGGCGGCUGCCUUUCCGUCAGAGGGCCAUGUCUGAGUCUGUGUCUGCGGGUCAUCAUGAGAUUGUGUCACGGAGAUGUAGCCAGCCUGUGUUUGAGGACUUUUCUUAUGCCAAGGAGUCUUACGUUUGAAUGACUGUGGGACUGUUUCACACUUUGUAUUUUGGACAAUACAGACAUGAGAGUUAAAUAUCAGUUGGCAAAGCAAAAUGUUGGGUUUUCUGCAAGUUAGCAGGCUUGCAGGCUUCUUUUUUUAUUCAUUCAGAGUCUGAAUGAAGGUUAGAGAACAUAAGAUGGCUUGACUGUAUGUUUUAUUAAUAGUUUGGCUUCAUAGCACCAGCUACUUCUGUCUAGACUCCUUUUCACAGUUUUAUCAUUUGGUCAGACAGAGAAGCCAUGUGUUUAAGGCUCUGCCCACUGUGCAUCUGUGUGUUAGAGGAAAGCUUGUAUGUGUAAAUAAACUCCAGCUGAUUUUGAAUGAAUGUCAGCUAUGUGCCCCCUCUGUGGUUGCACUUUCUCAGUAGUACUAUUUAGAGUACGACAUUUAUAUGAUAUGCUGUUAUCACGACAGAUAUCUAGUCUAUCACAAUGAAGCUAUUAAAGCACAGUUAGCUGCUGUGGAUAAAAUAUGCUAUACUGUUUGAGUGUCUAUGUUGUUUUGAGAGUUUAUUGAUGUAUGUGCAGUAUUGCAAGUUGAACACAAAGUCUUUAGGCUUUCUGUAAAUCUUUGGUCUGUCUUCCACUACAUUAAAGCACUUUUCUGAUGA